GAAGUGGAGAAUAAAAGUUGAGAUGGGUUCAUGUGAUUAUUGUUGGGAAGUUGGAUGGAAACAGAUGGACAUUUAAGUUCCUUUAAAAGUGUUUGAUUUUUUGGAGUUGUUACAACUGGACUAAAAAUGGAAACAUCAGCUCAGAAGACUCUUGACAGAAUUGUCUCACAGAAAGCUCUACAGAUGAGCAACUCAUUUCCUUGUCAAAUUUGUGUGUUGGGUUUUCUCCUCGGUGUCUGUCUUACAUAUUUCUUCAUGGCUGCUCUCACUUCUUGGGUGGAAUUUGGAGGAGUUUCCUUUUCUUCUCCAUCGCCAGGAUUUCCAUCACAGAACUUGACUUCUCCUGUUAUUGAAAUGAGCAGGCGUACGGACUGCAGUUCUGAAACAACAGAUAGAACUAGAAGAUUGGAUUCACAAAGAAGUGAUGGUGAGCGAGAAUCUUUGUUGUAUUCAGCUUGGAUUGCUCUGCUGAAGGAAUCCAUAGAUGGGAAGCAAGAGUUCUUAAGUGGGUUAGGACUAAGAAGAUCUAGUGUGCCUCAAGCCCCUCAUUUGGAGAACUGUAAAUUGAGUACACAACUUAAUGAAAAAUUUGAUAAGCGUGGAGAGAAUGGUAGCUUUCCUCCAUGGACAAAUUGGAAGGGCUCGUUAAGAAAAGCUUUGCUUCACCAAUCAUCUAAAGAGGGCAAACAGGGGCAAUUUGAGCAUCGAGCUCUACUUGAAAGUGCUUAUCCACCAUGGAUUAUGGGUUCAGAUGAAGACAAUUUUCCCUCUACUAGGAAAGUGCAACGUGACAUAUGGAUCCAUCAACAUCCUUCGAAUUGUAGUGACCCUAAUGUAAGGUUCCUUGUAGCUGAUUGGGAAAAGCCCCCUGGAUUUGGUAUUGGAGCUCAAAUUGCUGGAAUGUGUGGUCUUCUUGCAAUUGCAAUUAUUGAAAAACGAGUCCUUGUGACAAACUACUUUAACCGAGCUGACCAUGAUGGCUGUAAAGGUCCAUUACGCUCUCAUUGGUCUUGCUAUUUCUUUCCUGAAACAUCCAUGGAGUGUAGAGAUCGUGCAUUUGAACUUAUGGGAAGACCAGAAGCUUGGGAGAAGGGAAUUGUCACAGGAAAAGAUAAUUACAGUACAAAGAAAAUAUGGGCUGGGCGGAUUCCUAGAGUUUGGGGAAAUCCUUGGAUUUUUAUGCAACCAACAACUGAGAUAAAUGGUAGUUUGGUCACAUAUCAUCGUAAAAUGGAUCGGAGGUGGUGGCGAGCACAGGCUGUGCGCUAUCUGAUGAGAUUUCAAAGUGAGUAUACAUGUGAUUUAAUGAAUGUCGCCCGGCACACAGCAUUUGGAUUGCAAGCGGCAAAAAUGGUUCUUGCUAGUCUUGUUCGAGGAUGGCCAGAGGUUGUAGGAAAUGACUCUCAAUCUGAUAUUGAAGAAUUUGUGUGGUCCAAUCAUAAGCCUUGGGUCCCUAGACCACUUUUAAGCAUGCAUGUAAGAAUGGGUGACAAAGCAUGUGAAAUGAAAGUGGUUGAAUUCGAAGGGUAUAUGAGUCUUGCUGCUCGUAUUCGCAAAAACUUCCCUAACCUGAACAGCAUUUGGCUUUCUACUGAAAUGCAGGAAGUCAUUGACAAAUCCAAAUUAUAUCCACAUUGGACCUUCUACUACACGAAUGUAACACGCCAAGUGGCAAAUAUGUCCAUGGCUUUUUACGAGACAAGUCUUGGUAGAAAGACUAGCACAAACUACCCGCUUGUAAAUUUCUUGAUGGCUACUGAAGCGGACUUCUUCAUCGGUGCUUUGGGUUCCACUUGGUGCUUUCUCAUAGAUGGCAUGAGGAAUACAGGGGGAAAGGUAAUGUCUGGAUACCUUAGUGUCAACAAGGACCGGUUCUGGUAGAGAGCUCCGGCGGACUAGGUAUGUAAAUAAUCGUGUAUGGCUCACGAAUUUUUGGUGUUUGUAUAUGAGUCUAUCUAAACACCUGUUUUUUGUACAGAGAAAUAUUGAUAAUAAGCAUGUUAUAAUGAAUAAGAUAAGUAUGUAAAUCCUUA